AUGGCCCAGCCGGUCCACAGCCUCUGCUCCACCUUUGGCCUCCAGUGCUGCCUCCUCUUCCUUCUAGCUUCUUGGGAGGCAGGUGCUACUACAUUCCAAGAAUAUCAGAAAACUGGGGAACUCUCAACAUCUGAUCACAUAUUUCCCCUCACUCCAGGCAUUGUUUAUAGUAUCCCUUUUGAUCACAUUGUUCUGCAUUCAGGACAAACACCUCCAGAGCUCCCUAAAUCUACAGAAAUCCAUGAGCAAAAACGCCACUGCAACACCACACGCCAUUCUAAGCCAACUGACAAGCCUACAGACAACUCCAAAAUUACAGACCACAAAAGCUCUACAGAUAAUCAUGAGGCUCCUCCCACUUCUGAAGAAAACUCCAGCAAUCAAGGGAAAGACCCAAUGAUCCGGAACCAGCGCUCUGUUGAUCCUGCUGACUCCACUACCACACAUAAAGAAUCCACUGAAAAACAACAUAUAACGCCAGCACCCAAGAGCAAAAUAAAUUGUCGUAAGUCCACAAUAGGCAAAUCAACGGUAACAAGAAAAUCAGAUAAAACUGGAAGACCUUUGGAAAAGUCCAUGAGUACUUUGGAUAAUACAAGUACCACCUCACAUAAGACUACAACUUCCUUCCACAACUCAGGCAAUUCACAGAACAAGCAAAAAAGCACAUCUUUUCCAGAAAAAAUCACAGCAGCCUCAAAAACAACAUACAAGACCACAGGAACCCCAGAAGAGUCAGAAAAAACUGAAGAUUCCAGAACAACAGUUGCCUCAGACAAGCUCCUGACAAAAACUACAAAAAACAUACAAGAGACCAUAUCAGCCAGUGAGAUCACACAAUCUCUAGCAGAGCCUACAGAACAUGGAGGAAGGAGAGCCAGUGAGAACACCACACCAUCCCCAGCAGAGCCUACAGAAAAUGGAGAAAGGACCCCAUUGGCCAAUGAGAAGACCACACCAUCCCCAGCAGAGCCUACAGAAAAUGGACAAAGGACCCCAUUUGCAAAUGAGAAGACCACGUCAUCCUCAGCAGAGCCUACAGAACACAGAGAAAGGACCCCACUGGCCAAUGAGAACACCACACCAUCCCCAGCAGAGCCUACAGAAAAUAGAGAAAGGACAGCCAAUGAGAAGACCACACCAUCCCCAGCAGAGCCUACAGAAAAUGGACAAAGGACGCCAUUUGCCAAUGAGAAAACCACAUCAUCCUCAGCAGAGUCUACAGAACAUGGAGAAAGGACCCCAAUGGCCAAUAAGAACACCACAUCAUCCCUAGCAGAGCCUACAGAAAAUGGACAAAGGACAGCCAAUGAGAACACCACACCAUCCCCAGCAGAGCCUACAGAACAUGGAGAAAGAGCAGCCAAUGAGAACACCACACCGUCUCCAGCAGAGCCUACAGAAAAUAGAGAAAGGACAGCCAAUAAGAAGACCACAUCAUUCCCAGCAGAGCCUACAGAAAAUAGAGAAAGGACAGCCAAUGAGAACACCACACCAUCUCCAGCAGGGCCUACAGAAAAUAGCGAAAGGACAGCCAAUGAGAAGACCACACCAUUCCCAGCAGAGCCUACAGAAAAUAGAGAAAGGACAGCCAAUGAGAAGACCACACCAUUCCCAGCAGAGCCUACAGAAAAUAGAGAAAGGACAGCCAAUGAGAAGACCACACCAUUCCCAGCAGAGCCUACAGAACAUGGAGAAAGAACAGCCAAUGAGAACACCACACCAUCCCCAGCAGAGCCUACAGAACAUGAAGAAAUGACCCCAUCAGCCAAUGAGAACACCACACCAUCCCCAGCAGAGCCUACAGAACAUGAAGAAAUGACCCCAUCAGCCAAUGAGAACACCACACCAUCCCCAGCAGAGCCUACAGAACAUGAAGAAAUGACCCCAUCGGCCAAUGAGAAGACCACACUAUCCCCAGCAGAACCUACAGAAAAUGGAGAAAGGACCCCAUUUGCCAAUGAGAAGACCACACCAUCCUUAGCAGAGCCUACAGAACAUGGAGAAAGGACCCCACUGGCCAAUGAGAUCACCACACCAUCCCAAGCAGAGCCUACAGAACAUGGAGAAAGGACAGCCAAUGAGAAGGCCACAGCAUCCUCAGAAGAGCCUACAGAACAUGGAAAAACAACAGUCAAUGAGGACACCACACUAUCCUCAGCAGAGCCUACAGAAAAUGGAGAAAGGACCCCACUGGCCAAUGAGAACACCACACCAUCCCCAACAGAGUCUACAGAACAUGGAGCAAGGACAGCCAAUGAGAAGACCACACCAUCCCCAGCAGAGCCUACAGAACAUGGAGAAAGGACACCAUCAGCCAAUGAGAAGACCAUACCAUCUCCAGCAGAGCCUACAGAACAUGAAGAAAUGACCCCAUCGGCCAAUGAGAACACCACACCAUCCCCAGUAAAGCCUACAGAACAUGGAGAAAAGACUACAUUGGCCAAUGAGAAGAUCACACUAUCCCCAGAAGGGCCUACAGAACAUGGAGCAAAAACUACGUCAGCCAAUGAGAAGAUCACACCAUCCCUAGCAGAGCCUACAGAACAUGGAGAAAGGACCACAUCACCCAAUGACAAGAUCACCUCAUCUGCAGCAGAGUCUACAGAACAUAGAGAAAGGACUACAUCAGCCAAUGUGAUCACACCAGCCCCAGCACAGCCUAUAGAACACGGAGAAAGGACCACAUUGGCCCAUGAGAAGAUGACAGAAGUCACAAAAAAGUCCACAGAACACCCAGAAAAGACCACGUCAUCCACAGAGAAAACCACAAGAACCCCAGAAAAGCCUACGCUAUACUCAGAGAAGACCACAUGCACCAAAGGGAAAAACACACCAGUCCCAGAAAAGCCUACAGAAAACCCAGGGAACACCACACUGAUCACUGAGACCAUAAAAGCCCCAGUGAAGUCCACAGAAAACCCGGAAAAAACAGCAGCAGUCACAAAGACUAUAAAACCUUCAGUCAAGGUCACAGGAGACAAAUCUCUCACUACUACCUCUUCUCAUCUAAAUAAAACUGAGGCUACUCAUCAGGUGCCCAUUGGUUCUUUCACCCUCAUUACAUCUAGAAUGAAGCUGAGUUCUAUCACAUCAGAAGCCUCAGGCAACAAGAGCCAUCCAUACCUCAAUAAAGAUGGCUCACAGAAAGGUAUCCACGCUGGACAGACAGGGGAGAAUGAUUCAUUCCCUGCAUGGGCCAUAGUUAUUGUGGUCCUGGUGGCUGUGAUUCUCCUCCUGGUGUUCUUUGGCCUGAUCUUCUUGGUCUCCUAUAUGAUGCGGACACGCCACACACUAACCCAGAACACCCAGUACAAUGAUCCAGAGGAUGAGGGUGGCCCCAAUUCCUACCCGGUCUACCUGAUGGAGCAGCAGAAUCUUGGCACGGGCCAGAUCCCUUCCCCACGGUGAUCUUGGAGCAGGCGCCCAGCCCUGGCUAUUCCAUGCUCUGCCCCUUUCCUGGAUGAGGAACUGGACUCACAAUUUCUAUUUCCUGGACUACAGGAAGGGCAAAGAAUACUGACGGUUACCAGUAUUAACCCUUCCUCUGUUCUUAAUUGAAAUUGGUUGGGGAAUGAGGUGAUAAGCAAGGAGGGUGUAAGUUUAGGGGACAAAGAAGAAAGAAUGAAUAAUAUGAGCAGACAUUCCCUGUAGAAGGUGAGGUCUGAGAAUGAAAAGGUGUUUGAUGGACAUGUCGUGGGGGCACCAAUGCAGAACACUGCACUGAGUCCUAAAGGAAGGACAGGAGCCUUAUAGGCAAUGCCCCAGACUGACUUGUGAGUGGGGAUUAUGGGGAAAGGAGGGACUGAGGGCAGAGUCUCUGGGUUUCAGGACAGCAUUAUGUUAUUUCCAUUCACUAUUACUUAAGAGUUUGUGUGUAAACAGGCUCAUCUCUGAGUUCUCAGGACCCUUGCCCCCCCAUUUUUUUUAAUGAAAAAAACAAAAAACAAAAAAAACGGAUCCAAGAAGAAAAGAGAAUUUAUUUCCUUCUCCACUCUCUCCAUGCCGUGGAGAAAAAAAAAGUCCAGAAGAAAUCAUAAAUAUCUCUCAUCCACAUGGUUGCUUCCUCUUCCUCCCAAAUCCCUUAGUUUUCCUAAACGUCUACAGUGGACACUCUGUUGGUUUGGCUUGCUGGGUUGUGGGUGGACACACGAGGAGGGGAUUUUUAUUUGGCCAGCAGUCUCACCCACUGAUCUCCAUCCCAGACCUUCCCUGAUGGUGUCUCAGCAUUUAUUUUCCUGUCUCUUCCAUCAAAAGCCAGCUGUGGCUUUAUCUCGUAAA